CUCUACUCGGGCAGCGCCUGGACUCGCCGCCGGACGCGGGCCGCUGCGCUCCUGCUCCUCCUCUCACGACCGCCCUCCCUCUGCAGCGAUGGACGGAGACGGUGACCCAGAAAGCGUGGGCCAGCCCGAGGAAGCGAGCCUGGAGGAGCAGCCGGAGGGGGCGUGCGCGGAGGAGGAGAGCGCCGGGGAGGAGCGGCCGGACGAGGAAGGGGAGGCGGCGGCGGCGGCCUACCUGGACGAGCUGCCCGAGCCGCUGCUGCUGCGCGUGCUGGCGGAGCUGCCGGCCGCCCAGCUGGUGCGCGCGUGCCGCCUGGUGUGCCUGCGCUGGAAGGAGCUGGUGGACGGCGCCCCCCUGUGGCUGCUCAAGUGCCAGCAGGAGGGGCUGGUGCCCGAGGGCGGCGCGGAGGACGAGCGCGACCAUUGGCCGCAGUUCUACUUCCUGAGCAAGAGGCGGCGCAACCUGCUGCGCAACCCGUGCGGGGAAGAGGACUUGGAGGGCUGGUGCGACGUGGAGCACGGUGGGGACGGCUGGCGGGUGGAGGAGCUGCCUGGAGACUGCGGGGUGGAAUUCACCCACGACGAGGCCGUCAAGAAGUGCUUUGCCUCCUCCUUUGAGUGGUGUCGCAAAGCCCAAGUCAUUGAUCUGCAGGCCGAGGGCUACUGGGAAGAGCUGCUGGACACCACCCAGCCGGCCAUCGUGGUGAAGGACUGGUAUUCAGGUCGCAACGACGCGGGCUGCCUGUAUGAGCUCACGGUGAAGCUGCUGUCGGAGCACGAGGACGUGCUGGCCGAGUUCAACAGCGGGCAGGUGGCCGUGCCGCAGGACAACGACGCGGGCUGGGUGGAGAUCUCUCACACCUUCACCGACUAUGGGCCCGGUGUUCGCUUCGUUCGCUUCGAGCAUGCGGGACAGGACACGGUCUACUGGAAGGGCUGGUUCGGGGCCCGGGUGACCAACUGCAGCGUGUGGGUGGAGCCCUGAAUGACCCCUUUCCAGCUUCCGCGCCGCCCCAAAGGCGGGUAGACUGGCCUUAGCAGUAGCAGCCUCCCCCCCCCGCCAGUGCACCCCCCUCCUCUCCAGGCCCCUUACUCCAAGCCCAGUCCUCGCGCUAGAGGGUUUGUUGGCGUAUAUUGCCUCUGGGAAAUGAGACGGGAGAAGGCGUGGGCUUGGGCUGGGCCCACCCCAGGGAUCCCUGCACCGCGUACUGCGCCUGCGCAGUUUGGGCGCUCAAUAAAUGUUAUUUGUCCGAGGAAGGAAUGAAUGAACAAA